CGGCCAUGUCCCAAUACACCGUCUCCGCGCAGGCCUAUGUCAAGAUGGUCUUUCAUGCCGCCAAGCACCCCCACUGCUCGGUGAACGGUGUCUUGCUCGGGAAGGAAGAAUCGACGGGCCUGGUCAACAUCGUCGACGCGGUGCCUCUGCUGCACCACUGGACGAGCCUCAGUCCCAUGAUGGAGAUCGGUCUUGACCUGGCAGGCCGGCACGCGGAAUCGGCGGGUCUGAGUCUGGUCGGGUACUAUCAGGCUGCGGACCGCGUUGACGACAACGUAUUGGCACCGGUGGGCGAACGUGUCGUCAACAAAUUGAGGGAGAGCUUCAAAAACGCCGUAGCGUUUGUGAUUGACGGAGAAAAGCUCGGUUCUGGCGAUACUGCCUUGAUUCCGUAUCUGUCGCAGGGCUCGAAUUGGCGCCCAUAUACCACCGAUCCUGCCUUCGGCCCUGGAUCGCACUUCCAGCUGGCCUCCGCUGCCCUGCCGCAACAAACAAUCACCUUCGUCCGUGAGCGAGGGCUGCACGAGAUAUUUGGAGACUUCGAUGAUCACCUUGAAGAUGUCACCAUUGACUGGCUACGGAAUUCUGCUUGUAUACCUUCGGAGAUCUAAUCUUAUCUAUGAUGGGGCCCAUCCCCCUGUUGUUCGCUUGAUCUCUUCAACUUGGUCCGGGGACUGCGAUCCUGAUUUUACAAGUCAUCCUCGACAUGGAAAUGUAUUCUGUCAAGCGAUUAGUCGAGAUAGCUUGAAUUGUGCAGCCCGUAGAUAUGUGCACGUGAUCGCGAUUUCCCUUAUCAGCAACGUCAAGACUCGACAUGCAUCGCGCACUGACCAUCCGUGGAGUCUUCGUACACACCCCGAAACUAGGCACGGCAGAGAUUCUCAAAGACCAUCUACUUGUCACCGACGAGACAGGCGUGAUUACGCACUUUGACGAUGCAAGCUCGUCUGCUUCGAACCAAAUCCUGCAGUCUAUUUUGAAAUCUAGUGAAUCCCUGAUCACCAUACCGCGGGGAAGUUUCAUCACGCCGACAUUUGUGGACCUGCAUCUGCAUGCGCCGCAGGUGCUAUAUCAAGGAAAUGGGCUGCAUCUGCCCUUGAUGGAAUGGUUGAACGAAUACGCUUUCAAAGCAGAGGAGCGACUCGACUCGGACCCCGAAUUGGCUCGAUACGUCUACACCCGGCUUGCCAGUCGCCUGAUACAGAGUGGCACCGGAUCUGUGCUACUGUUUGGUACUAUCAAAGCAGAAACCAAUCUGAUUCUCGCGCAAGUCAUGCAAGAGGCGGGAAUACGCGCUUUCGUUGGGAAGUUAUCUAUGGAUAUCUCUUCUCGGCCGUCGUACCAGGAAUCUUCGGCCGACGCCUCCUACAAUCACGAGCGUCUGGUAGAGCCCGUCUUGACUCCUCGAUUUGUCCCGACCUGCUCCGCCGAACUUCUGACUGGACUGGGCGAGCUCUCGCAGGCUGAAAAUUUGAAGAUCCAAAGCCACAUGGCCGAGUCGCUGGACCAGGUCGAAUACGUGCGCAAGGAGCGUGGGGAUGAAGACAUGAACAUCUUUGAGCAGCAUGGUCUGUUGACUGCGAGGACCAUCCAAGCCCAUUGCACAUUCUUAGGCACGGCAUCCUUGAAACAUGUCCACAAAUGCGGCACGGCCAUCGCCCACUGCCCCCUGUCCAAUUCGUACUUCUCCGCCGAACCAUUCCACCUCCGCGAGGCGUUGGAUGAACAGGUCAAAGUUGGACUCGGGACAGACAUCGCAGGCGGCUACAGCAUCGACAUCAUGUCUGCGAUGCGCCACGCCGUGUCUGUUUCUCGCAUGCGCCAUGGUGCCAAACAGCUUGCCAAGGAAACCGGCGACCAGUCACUGGCCAUUGACUGGAUGGAAUCAUUGUAUUUGGCCACCAAAGGCGGCGCUGAAGCUCUGGGACUGGCUUCAGGUUGCUUUGCUGUCGGGGCCCCGUUCGAUGCACAGCAAAUCUGUCUUUGGGAUGAAGGAGGCCGCGGCGUCGGAGCUCUCGAUUUCGUCGACCUGGAGCGGGCAUCAGAAGAUGAGCGCCGGAGCUGGACACUGAAGAUGGAUGUUCUGGAGAAGUGGUGGUGUCUCGGAGCACAUGAGAACAGGGUUGGAAUGUGGAUACAAGGGAAUCAAAUACAUCAGUGCGCAAAAUAACCAAACGAAACCAGAGUUGGAAAACCAAAUUUCAAUCAACAUUAUCCCGCGUGUAGCUCAACUGCCUCCAACUCCUCCCAACUCGGCAGAUUGAGCACAGCCGGCAACUCGUUCCAUGUUUUAUCUCUUAGCCUUUUCACAUCGGCAAUGAAGGACUGCCGACACGGCUCGCACAGAGACGACUUGGGUUCUUCCGUGAUCUCAGAGAUCGCUUGAGACAUGUAAUGUAUGGGCCCUGUUCUCGGGAUCCAUGAACGGCCCAGCCGAGAGGCAAGCCGCGUGAAUCCGCGCGUGCAUAUGGACAUUGUGCCGCACGUCGGCCAUGGAUUUCGCGUGUUGCAGAAGUCGCGCACGAAGUGCAGGAUGAUGUCUAGCCGCUUCUGGUGCAUCAGCGUGUAUUGCACGAGAACCGUCGGCGACAGCUCGGACGAGGGCUUGGACGGAUGCUCCAACUUCAGUUUGGGGUGGUCCCCGCGCAAAAGACCCUCCAAUUGGUACAGCGAAAGGAAGUAUACAGCGGAAGGGACCACUAUCCUCACGUCGGUUUCCUGAGCCAGAUUGAGGACAUGGAGAGGGUGUAUCCACGGGUAUGUCAAGCCGUCGAGUACGGGCGAACGGAUCGCCGCGUCCACGAGAUUAUCGUGGCCCUGCAGUGUAUGCGACCACGUCUGCGAUAGGAAUGUGAUGGCUUGUUGGCGGAAUUUGGCUAUCUCGUAUUUCGUCGAUAGUCGGAGGAUACCCGCUAGAUGGAAAAAGUCAGCAGGUUUUCUAUUGGCGAAUUUUCUGUGCAGAGACAUGAGAUGGGCAAUGGCAGGGAAUGGAAUGUGGCACCGACAACCCGUCAUAGAUAGCCUCAAUGAGACUGGCCAGCUCUUGUGGUGGAUCCCACAUCCGCACGACCUGGCAUCCCUCCGCGGUUUCAACCACCUCGCUCGGGGGCUGGGGGACCAUGAACAUAGACUCAAAGAUUUCGGAAUGUCGGGCCAUGACGCUUCUAUGGACUUUGAACGCUGUUGGCUUGUCGGAGUCGGCCGUCACCAGACACACAUUCCCGUCCUCCAUCCACGGCUGGGAUGAUGCCCGUCAGGAUGAUAACACGACCCCCGAAACCGUCCGCGGCGUCCACUCACUUCUCCCCGCGCAACUUGCUCUUUCAUGAAUCCGGCCACAAAGAUGGAGACCAAUGUCGCGCUCAUGGUUGAGAUCGAGGAGCAAGAGCCAGAGCAAAAGCAAGAGCAAGACGGGUGACCGGACUCGGAUAAAGUGCUUCAACGCGCCGCUGAUUGGUAAGCGUGAGGUGCUUGCCACAGUACUUCUCGGGCCGCUGCGUUGCCGCGAGCCGUGCCGCCACACCACCCUUGUCUAGACUGUGAAAGCCGAAAUGACAGAGUCUCCGAGUGCGGGACCGCAUUCAAGAACACCUUCUCGGGCUCAGCUCGGCAGAUCCCCCUCUCGUCUGACUAUACCUCCCGCUUUGCGUCCUUCGCCCUCCCUCUCCACUCUCCGCGUCCACAGCUCGAACACAUCCACCAUGCCGGCCUCGGGUUCCGUCCCUACCAUCUCGGUCACCGUCGCGCCGAGCCUCGCGCUGGACAGCACCGCGUCAUCUGUCGUCAACCUGGAUCUCAACGAGGGGAUACUAAUUCAGGACGCGGAUGCGGACACUGAUACUGCCGAUGGCGAGGAGGUCACAGUGAUGGGCAUCGUGAACCGCUCGGACGAGGAGACGAAGCAGACCCUGCGGAAUCAGCUCCGGACUCUCAGCCGAAGACCUUCCCGACCAGAUUUCUCGUCCUCGAGGUCGUACGAAAAAGCCAAUGAUUCCCAGAUAGACGAGGUGGUGCAUGAAUCCGGCUCUCGAUACACCCCUCGAGAGUAUUUCAUCUUGACGGAUGCGGGGAAACCGGUUUUUACCAAGUCCGCUAUCUACUUCAGUCGUUCUGAUGCUGGCUGACCCACCCGCGCAGCCGCCAGGAGGGGAAGACUCGGAGAGCCUCGCGUCUACCUUCGGGAUCAUGCAAGCCCUGAUCUCCGUGUACAUCGACGACGGCGACAAGAUCCGCUGCAUUAACUCGGGGAACACUCGCAUCACCUUCUCCUUGCGGUCGCCGCUGUACUAUCUAUGCGUGUCUUCGUGGGGAGAGCCCGAGUCUGUAGCACGCUCCCAUCUCGAGUACCUGCACCUGCAAAUCCUGAGCAUUGUCACCGGCGCGCAGCUCCGACGCGUAUUCGAGCGGAGAACCAACUUCGACUUGAGGAGGCUGCUCAAUGGAACGGAAUCCUUCCUAACCUCGAUGCUGUCGCGGCUGGAGUUUGACAUGGCCAUGGCGACCUCGUCGCUGCACUGCCUGCGACUGGAGGCCGGACUGAGGAAACGGGCGGGUGAAGCGCUCGUUCCGAUCAAGAUGAAGGACAUUCUCUACGUCGUUCUCCUUGCUCGGGGACGCGUCAUCAGCCUGGUCCGCCCAAGAAAACACUCGAUUCAUCCUGCCGACAUUCACAUCCUGUUGAAUACGAUCCACGCCCCAUCAAUUCUAAACUCUCCAGCCUCAGCCUCGUGGCUUCCCAUCUGCCUGCCUAAAUUCAACCCAUCGGGUUUCGUCAAUGCAUAUAUCUCAUUCCCCAGGAAAGACGACGGGUUGGAAAUGGAACAGAGCGGCGACGAGGAGGCUGUGACGCCCAAGGCACGCUACACAUCGCAUGUGCUGGACUCCGGGAUCGCCCUGGUCUGUAUCAGUGGCGGGGGCGACUUUGAAACAAUCCGCAAAUGGUGUGAUUCCGUCACGGAGCGUCUGGAGAGUGAUGGGACCCUCAAUCACAUCGUCAAUGCCUUUCGUUCUGGACGAACCGAGUAUUCUGUUUCUGAACUGGGUAUCCCCGGUCUGCGACACUUCAUGUACAAGUCGCGCUCACAAGUUCAAAUUACAUGUCCUGUGCUGGAAGACCCGUAUGACAAUCCUGACGAACGACGACGAUUAACGACUUUGUAUCAAAUUCUGUACGACAACAUUCACGCCAAAUCGGGGCAAGAAGCUCCGCUGAAACUGCAGUACUUGCGCUCAGAGCACGAGAGUGUCAUGGGCUGGAUCACACAACCUUUUGAACUUUAUGUUGCCCUUUCUCCCCGUCUCCCGAAGAGUGCGGCAGUGGGUGCUGCAAAUGCUGUUGCGCGCUGGGUCAAGAAGGAGGAAAGCAGAUUGUUCCUCAGAGAUGCGCCCACUUUCUAGAUCGCUUAUUCCACAUAUUUAUCAAAGCGGAAAAUACAUGUACACCUCAUCACAUACCAUACUCUCAGCAGCGUACCCAGUCAUCAUCAGCCCUGGCUCUACUGUAACUCUAUUGCGCAUCACCGCAGACCACGUGACCCUAAAUUUCACUCACUCUCACUUUCCAUGUCGGGUCUCCUGCGGAGCGCGUUCUCAGCAGUCUCUGCCCCAUGUUCUCGGCUCUCGGUGUUAAGGACCUCAUCCAGGCUCGUUACUACGGUCGCUCGCACAGUACCUCCCGCACCAGUCCGCGCGCUCCUCCCUCGUCAGAAGUCCCCCUCUGACACCACUCACAGCGGCAAUAAGGACGCCAGAAGAAUUUCUGAAGGCCAUCGGACGGUCCUCUGACACGAAAGUCACCUUGGAAAACUGGGAUGAACUGUGGGGUCAGACCGGCGCGACGCUGAAGGCAGCGGGUGUGGAUGUCAAGGGACGGAGGUAUAUCCUGCGAUGUCUCGAGAGGUAUCGACAAGGACUCCCCGUGGAGCAGUUCGCCCACGAAGUGAAGCCCAAGAAGACUAUCCGAGGGUGGGGCCCCAAAGUCAGAACGGCAAGCGGAUUCGUUCCCGGCGCGACAGACAUCAAAUCAGCCCGGCGGUCCUCAAACGAAGGAAGGUCGCGUUCAAAGAGUAUCGCGAGGUCCGUAAAGCGAGCAAGAGGCAGAAAAAACUGGCGUUCCGGGCGCAGACGCCGUGAUGUUU